AUUGUUAGUAAACGCGGAGCCACGUGCGGGAGCCGAUCCUGGAGCCCCCACUCCCCACCCCGGGUCGACGCGUGCGCACUAGGUACGCAGUCUGUAAGCCAGCGCGCGCUUCUGGGCGGAAGCGACAAUCCCGGCUGCACGUGGGCUCCGGGGCGAUGGAGGGAGUGAUGCAGACUGAGACUAAGAUCCGCGCUGAGUCUGGAAUAGAGUCCGGCCCUCGGGGUUCCGGUUGUAGCCUCCGGAACUUUGCCUGCGAACAGAAUUUGUUGUCCCGGCCCGAUGGCUCGGCUUCUUUCCUGCAAGGGGAUACCUCCGUCCUGGCAGGCGUGUACGGGCCAGCAGAGGUGAAAGUCAGCAAAGAGAUCUUCAACAAGGCCACACUGGAGGUGACCCUGAGGCCGAAGAUCGGUCUGCCUGGCGUAGCGGAGAAGAGCCGGGAGCGGCUGAUCAGAAACACGUGUGAAGCGGUGGUGCUGGGAGCUCUGCACCCCCGCACCUCCAUAACCGUGGUGCUGCAGGUCGUCAGCGAUGCUGGCUCUCUCCUGGCCUGUUGCCUGAAUGCCGCCUGCAUGGCACUGGUGGACGCAGGUGUGCCCAUGCGGGCCCUCUUCUGUGGGGUCACCUGUGCUCUGGACUCUGAUGGGACCCUCCUGCUGGACCCCACAGCCAAGCAAGAAAAGGAGGCCCGGGCAGUCCUGACCUUUGCACUUGACAGCGUGGAACGGAAGCUGCUGAUGUCCACCACCAAGGGGCUCUACUCUGAUGCUGAGCUCCAGCAGUGCCUGGCUGCAGCCCAGGCUGCCUCCCAGCAUGUCUUCCGCUUCUACCGGGAAUCUCUGCAGAGGCGUUACUCCAAGAGCUGAGGCACGCUGGGGCAAGCUGCCCCUCUCACCACCUCCA